UUGGCACAAAACGUGUGUGUGUUUCUCCACUUCACCGAGUUAUCUGAAGGCGCAAUUAAUUCUAUAUUUAUGUAAAAUUAGUUUGCAAAAAUGGAAAAAGUUGUCAAACCUAGAACUCGUCCUGGAAAAAGAUUUUUGGAAAAUCGGGAGCCAAAAUUGAUUGAAAAUGACAAAAGAACUCUCUUCAUUCGAGGUGCUAAUGCAAAUAAUAACGUUCUUCAAGCUUUAAAAGAUUUUGCUGCUUUAAAGAAACCAAAUGCAGUUUUCUUCAAUAGGAAAAAUGAAAUGAAACCUAUUGAAGAUUCAUCAAAACUGGAAUUCUUUUGCCAGAAAAAUGAUGCUUCUCUGUUUAUGUUUGGUUCACAUAACAAAAAGAGACCCAAUAAUCUCGUUGCUGGGCGGAUGUUUGAUCACCAUAUUUUAGAUAUGUUCGAGCUAGGAAUGGAAGACUUUCAACCUUUAAAAGAUUUUAAAACCGCAAAGAUUGCAUAUUCAACAAAACCUAUGCUUUUGUUCACUGAAGGUUUUGAAGGUACUCCAGAACUCCAAAGAAUAAAGAACUUUUUUAUUGAUUUCUUUCGUGGGCCAAUUGUUGAAUAUGUGAAUCUCCAAGGGUUGGAACAUCUUAUAGCAUUUUCUGUUGUAAAUAACAAGAUUUUAUUAAGAAGUUACAGAGUUACUGUUAAUAAAUCAAGUUCAAAGACUCAUGGUGUGGAGUUAGAAGAAAUCGGUCCUCAUAUGAAUUUUGUUAUUCGCAGGACAAAAUUAGCAUCAGAAGAUUUAUUUAAACGUGCUUGUAAGAAGCCGAAGGAAUUAAAACCGAAGAAGAAGAAGAACAUCCAAAAAGAUGUUUUUGGUUCUACUCAUGGACGUGUACAUAUGGAAAGACAAGAUUAUAAUCGUUUGCAAACAAGAAAAUUGAAGGGCUUAAAGAAGAGGAAAUCAGAAAUUAUGGAGCAAACAAAAAAUGAGCCUAAUGUAAAAAAAAUGAAGAUGGAAGAAUCACAUUAAAUAUCUUAUAAAAUCAGAA